CACAUCAACAUGGACGCGUUUGGAAGUCCUCGACAAAAUUAUCAGUUGCUUGUCUUUCUGGCUCAACAUAUUAGUUCGCUGGUCAAACAGUUGAUAAAUCACGCGAGGUGCGAACCGGUUCAAGAAUCAUCAUUUCGCCAAGCCCUUAUGUCCAUGCACCGAGAGUUGACGCAGUUUUUAUUCGCUCAUUCGCAUUCGUUUGAGCAUAGUUACCAGCUACGGAAUCCUGGUCAAUCAUUUCAAACCCUACCUUCGCUACCACAUUAUCAUUUCCAUCCGACACCUCAACAUCAGACGACAACGGAACGUUUUGCUGAAUUUCGUGGAAAUAUCACUCCACCGGAAGAUAUCACGCCGCCCAACGAUACACCACCAAGCUCUACGCUCGGCUUUACUUCGACGCCUAUUCGCCCACCAACAGAACGACCACGUUCAGAACCAUUCGCUCUCAUCAAUCAGCUACUGAUGGCAAUGCAUACAUCCAAUGGCUGCAAUUUGUCAAGCAUCACCGACCAGUACACUAAUGAUCCGGUUUUUCGCGACCGACUGCUUAGGGAGCUAGAUGAGUUGCGAUCAUUAAUUGUGACCCAAUCGGAAUGCCCGAGCAAUGCAGCGGGGCAGGCGUUGCGAGCACUGUUCGAUCGUGUAGAACAGGCGGAAAAUACGCUUUCAUUGCUCAUUCGUAAUAUAGAGCGAUUGCAAUAUAAUUCAUGAAAAAUGGGGGAUAAAUAAGACGGAUUUUUUCAUUAAAUCUGCAGUUAAUAAAAUUAGGUCCAUAAAUUAGCAGGCAAAAAUG